ACGGGGAAAGACAGUGAGUGAACGGAAGCGUUAUAGCGGGGAAUAAAAAAUGAUUUGAUUUUGAAAUUUAUUUAUAUGGAAAUGUCGUAAUUUAUUAGAAAUUUUUUCCCCCUAUAGCAUAAGCUAACCAGUGUGUUUUAUAUUGCGAAUAAAACCCAUAUCACAAACUAUAAUUUUAUAGCAUCGGUGCUUAAUAGUGAAAUUAGUCUGUUAAAUGAAUUAUUUUGCAGCGGUAACAAGGCUGAAUUCUGCAACGUUGGAAUACAAAUCUGAAUACCUCGACAGCUUUAAAGAGAAAAUGAAAAACAAUAACGUUGAUUGCUAAACAAUAACCGAGAAACAAAACAAAACACGACUUGGCGAAGAUGAACGGUUAACAAGAAAGAUAGUACCAUAAGGAAAGACCGUCUGCCAAAGGAGGAGAAGAAACGAGGACCAAUGAUGGAAUGAUCGUGACAACAUGAAAAAGAAAAAGUGAGGAGGAAUAUUUUCGCUCAACGUUUGAAUCAACAACUGGACCGGAGAGAAACGGAGGAGAGGAGAGUGACCUGGAGCGCCGCACUCGGCCAUGGAGAACCCCACGUCUCUGAGCUUGGCUCUGCUGGGCGGCGGCGAGGAAGAGGACCAGCGAACCCCCCAUCCUCUGAGUGGUCUCCCCCUCCCGCCCACCACUUCCAACCACGCCGGGGCGAACCACUCCAACCACACGGGGGUGGCCGGCCUGGAGCGGCUCAACGGCGGCACCCCUUCGCCCACCGGCCCCUGCCUCCCUCCCACGGCCCUCCCCCGGCUCCCGCUGGUGUCGGUCCAGCAGGCCCCGCCCGCCAUCCCCAACACCCUGUGCCCCAGCACGCCCCUGUCCUCCUGCCUGGGGAGUCAGCACAGUCUCAGCGGGGAGAACUCUCUGGCGCUCUUCUACUCGUCCCACACGCCCUGCUCCGACCGGGAGCGGGAGCGGGGGUGCAAGCACCGGCAGGCCAGCCCGCAGGUGCACCGGCGCGACAGCAACCCCUUCACCGAAAUCGCCAUGAGCUCGUACAAGUACACGGGCAGCGUGGUGAAGCCCCUCAGCCGGCUCAGCUCCUCCCGCCGCAACCUGAUCGAGUCGGACAGCAGCAGCGACACGCGGGAGGCGCAGCCCGGGCCCCCGCAGGAGCCCCCCGAGAUCGUCAUCUCCUCCAAGACCGACUCGCCCUGCCGGCAGGACCCCGAGCCCUCGGCCAACCAGGCGGCCGCCUGCCACCGGAACCACGCCCUGUCCGGCAGCCGCGGGACUCUGGGCGGGGGGUCCGGCGGGGGCAGCGGGGGCAGCCGGGGCAACAACGUGUCGGGCGCGGGGGGGCCGGGAGGGGGGUCCGGAGGGGGGGGCAGGGGAGCCCACAAGGCCGCCAAGCGGAAGAACCAGAACAUCGGCUACAAGCUGGGCCACCGGAGGGCGCUGUUCGAGAAGAGGAAGAGGCUGAGCGACUACGCGCUCAUCUUCGGGAUGUUCGGCAUCGUGGUCAUGGUCAUCGAGACCGAGCUCUCCUGGGGCGUCUACAACAAGAGCUCCAUGUACUCGUUGGCGCUGAAGUGUCUGAUCAGCCUGUCGACCAUCAUCCUGCUGGGGCUCAUCAUCGCUUACCACGCCCGUGAGGUGCAGCUCUUCGUCAUCGACAACGGCGCGGACGACUGGCGGAUCGCCAUGACGACGGAGCGGGUGCUGCUGAUCGCGCUGGAGCUGCUGGUGUCGGCCGUGCACCCCGUGCCGGGGGACUUCCGCUUCCAGUGGCAGGCGCGGCUGGCCUUCACCUACGUGCCCUCGGUGGUGGAGGCCGACGUGGACAUGGUGCUGUCGGUGCCCAUGUUCCUGCGCCUCUACCUCAUCGCCCGCGUCAUGCUGCUGCACAGCAAGCUCUUCACCGACGCCUCCUCCCGCAGCAUCGGGGCGCUCAACAAGGUCCACUUCAACACACGGUUCGUGAUGAAGACCCUGAUGACUAUCUGCCCCGGGACUGUGCUGCUGGUCUUCAGCAUCUCUCUGUGGAUCAUCGCUGCCUGGACUGUGCGCGUAUGCGAGAGGUACCAUGACGCCCAGGACGUGACCAGCAACUUCCUGGGAGCGAUGUGGCUCAUCUCCAUAACCUUCCUGUCCAUCGGGUACGGGGACAUGGUGCCCCACACCUACUGCGGGAAGGGCGUGUGUCUGCUGACGGGGAUCAUGGGGGCCGGGUGCACGGCGUUGGUGGUCGCUGUGUUUGCCAGGAAGCUGGAGCUCACCAAGGCGGAGAAGCACGUGCACAACUUCAUGAUGGACACCCAGCUCACCAAGCGGAUAAAGAACGCGGCGGCGAACGUGUUGAGGGAGACCUGGCUCAUCUACAAGCACACCAAGAUGGCGAAGAGGAUCGACCACUCCCGAGUACGCAAACACCAGCGCAAGUUCCUGCAGGCCAUUCACCAGCUGCGCAGCGUGAAGAUGGAGCAGAGGAAGCUCACUGACCAGGCCAACACCUUAGUGGACCUGUCGAAGAUGCAGAGCGUCAUGUAUGACCUGGUGUCGGAGAUCAACGAGCGGAGCGAGGACCUGGAGAGGCAGAUGCUGGGUCUGGAGAGGCGGGUGGAGCAGCUGACCGUCGGCUUCAACAGCCUGCCCAGCCACCUGACCGCCACGCUGGCCACCCAGCACGCCGCCCUGCUGCACCUGCUGCGCGAGAAGGGCCUCCAGGCCGGGGGCAGCCCCAACACCAGCUCCUCCAGCUCCCAACACCAGCUCCUCCAGCUGGUGUCGGAGAUCAACGAGCGGAGCGAGGACCUGGAGAGGCAGAUGCUGGGUCUGGAGAGGCGGGUGGAGCAGCUGACUGUCGGCUUCAACAGCCUGCCCAGCCACCUGACCGCCACGCUGGCCACCCAGCACGCCGCCCUGCUGCACCUGCUGCGCGAGAAGGGCCUCCAGGCCGGGGGCAGCCCCAACACCAGCUCCUCCAGCUGCUGA